CUUAAGCUCUAGAGACAGCUUUUCAGAAUCAUAAGGAACGGUGAAUAGGUACUACUUGACUCGAAUUUUAGAGGCUCUUAAUCAUUCCCUUGUCAUAAAUCUUCCAUGAGGAAGGCAUGGCAUCAUACCUGCUCCUGCUCCGCUUGUAAUAUCGUUCAUGUUGCCUCCUUCAUCUCCAUUUGCAGGGUCCUCUUCCAUUUCGACCCAGGCCAGACCGAAAUCGACUCUUCCUCCUCCUUCAUAACCCUACAUUCACUCUGCCUAACCUGAAUUGACCUAUUUCCGGCUCGACCCUAGUCCUCAUCAUCUUGUCUUCCUCACUCUUUAUCUGGAAUAUUUUCUGCCCCUACCUCAACCUUGACAACCAAGUACUACUAUCUUCGUCGCACACCAAUAACCUAAACCUCAACCUGCAAUAAAAAACCAAUCCUCUACUUGAAGUCCAGGCCUGAGGGUGGCCAAACAACCCAGUCAACUCCAACGGAGAUGGCUUCGCUUCGAGCCGACGUCUCACAACAUCCUCAGCCUCAACCUGCGUCCGACUCUCAACCCCAACCCCAACCUCAACAUCGCCAACAUGACCUCUCCUUAGCCGAGUCUGUCGCCAUUGCUACAAGAUCGGUGCACGCAAAGCUUAACAAACUUAUUAUCGCCCGGCUACCGCUUGCGUUGCCUCCUCUUGCUACCGAUUCAUCCGCUUAUAUCACUGGCUUACUCCACGUUACACCUAUUUAUGUCGCCUUUGAGACGCUGUGGCGCGACAUACUCGAGUCGGGCUUGCCUGUAGAUUUGCCCGGAGAGGCCGGCGAGACCUGUGAGCUGGAAACUCCACCAAACUCAGCAGAAACUGCAUUCCCAGCCUCCGAUCUUCACGAGCUGUCAAGUUGCAGCAGGAUGCAAUCGAUACUCCAACAAAUGUUUCUCCCGGGGUUAAUGCGUUCAGAUCGUCUAAAGGCUGACAUUGCCAAUUUGGCGGGGUGGUCCAACGAUACUGUUGAAGAACAGUUACGGCUUGUCGAAGAAAAUGGUCGAUUGGGGGAAUUUAUACAGCACAUCAAAAGAACUGUCCAACAUAGGCCUCAUGUGCUGAUGGCAUAUUCCUAUAUCUUGUUCAUGGCACUCUUUGCUGGUGGCCGUUUUAUCAGAGCUACACUCGAAUCAGCUGGAGACGAUUUUUGGGACCGGUUACCUUCGCCAGUUCAGCCAAACCGUCUCCCCUGUGAAGAGAGAUCAAGGCCAACUAAGCGUGCAAGUGGUUUGUCCGACGAAGAGAUCCCAAUAGACGACUUUCACCGCCAUGCGACUCACACGAUGCCUCUCCGAUUUUUCCACUUCCAGACUCCUGAGGACGGGGAAGAUUUGAAACGGGAAUUUAAGCGACGACUCGCUAGCAUGGAGGGGCAGCUCACAGCACGCGAGAAGCAGGAUAUCGUUCAAGAGUCGAUUUGCAUUUUCGACAACAUGACACUUUUGGUUCAGCAGCUCGACAUGGUCUGUGAUGCCCCAGCGCGCAAAGAAAGUGGCGGCAGUACGACCUCAUCACUGCUUGACUUGGUCGAUCAACUGCACCCGUUUCGCUCUCGUCUCAGAGAUAGUGUUUCUAUCGCAAGAGACAGAAUUCAGCGAUCUACAAAGCUUGCACCAAGCGGCACUAAAUUAGUCUGGAAGAUCUGGAACUACAGUGCAACCGCAUCGACAGUGGAGCCAGAGAGUGGGAUUAAGCUCCCGAUCGGCCAUCCUGGUCUCUCCAAGGAUGAUGCUGCAGCCAUUGAACUCUGUCCAGCCUUUUCCAAGUCUAUGAGAUUCGACAAGACCUUGCCGCGACCAAUGCGCCUGCCAGCCAAAACAAACACGACCGAGCACGAGUUGAAAGAUUGUCUUCAAGUCGCCUCCAAGAAGUUUGAUAGCAUGAGCCUCUUCAACUGGUUGAUAGUAUUGACCGUUGGUGUUAUCCUGCUGGGAGCAUUAUGCUCUGCUAGGCGUGGCCGCGGAGUAAUGAUUAUUGAAGCAUGAGAGGAAAAGUUGUUCCCGACAGCGAUUGCAAUUUGUUUGGCGUUUUAUGGAGUUGAAGCAUUCAGGAUAACCCUCAUUGGGGAGAAGCACGUCUAUACCUGGAAUUGGUUGCAUUUUUAUACCUAGAGCACACGCAUACGAUUGUACUCGAUACCCGUUCACGGUCUUUCAGCGUUCUACAAAGAAACGAUUACGACACUAGAUUCAGAGAUAGCCAGUUUACGUCACAAAUACCUAAACGAUAUAUCCUUGAAC